CGGGUGGCUACUGCAGUUGUAGCCGGCAGGAGCUGAGGGAGGAGGUGCGGAUAUAUCAUCUUCCGCUGGCCUCGUCCCCGGGCGGUUUCCUCCAAGUUCUUCCACACCAUGACUACCACUACUACUUACACGGGGAUGGACCCCAGUGGCCGAAGUAGCUCCAGGGUUCUUCGCCCUCCAGGUGGUGGUUCCAAUUUCAGCUUAGGAUUUGAUUUGCCAAAAGACCAACAAGGAGGAAAAAGGAACAAGAUGGCAUCUACCAUCUUUGGGACUCCAGAAGAAAAUCCACCAUCUUGGGCAACAGCCAAAUCCACCGAAGUCAGGGAUAAUUCUGAAGUAGCUGGAUCCGAAAGGAGAGAUUCUUCUGAUGCAAGCUCUGGUGACUAUAUAACUCCAAAGGGUAUGGAAAGCGAAGCUCCUGAAAACACAGAAGUUGAAAUAGAAACUGCUUCAGGCCCAAGUGAAGAAAAGCCCCUGCCAGCUGCACCUGUUCCUAGUCCAGUAGCUCCAGCACCUGCACCAUCUAGGAGAAAUCCACCGGGUGGGAAGUCUAGUCUAGUGCUUGGUUAAGCUUGAUUUUCCUUCACUCCUAACUACUUGGAACUCAUAUCUGUCAUCUUUGUUUUUCUUCCAUGCUUGUGAACUGCACAACCUGAGCUUGACUGUACUUCUGAAACUUAUCAUUAAAGGAGCACUUUAUGUACUUCAUAUUUUUGUUUUGUUUUUCAGGAAGUCUUUCCUCAAACUUCUUGUCUUGUCUCUUUUGAGUCUAACGGAAGUGACUUGUGUAAUUUUUUUCGUAAUGGUAGCGGUGGUAUUUGCUAUACAGCCCAUGGCUGACAAAAGAUUUGAGGUGUAUAGUAGUAUCUAAAACUAAACUGGAUUGAUUCUGAGUGUGCUAAGUGGCAUUUUUGUCUUAAAACUUGUAGAACAGUCUUAGUUGACUUAGAAGGGUUGGAAACUGGGGUUGUACGGGCAGAGGAUGAGUGACAAAUGUACUCUUUCUGCACCCAUCUCUGCAACACAUACUGGUUUUCCAAGGUACCAUUCAAUAAUUGGCAAAUGUUUGAAGCCCUGUUGUGCAUUGCAGAACUGUCAAGUUGUGAUGCUAGUAAUUACCCAUGCUGCCUUCAACAAGUGGUUCAGCCAUGACAGGAUGAGGCCAGUGCUGAAGAUAAAGCUAAAGAUGUAAGAUUAUGACUGUUCUCUGAAUAUCAGGCCCCAUUGUGAUGAUGGAAUGCAUCUUACAAAAGUAUUGGGUGGAUAAAACUUUUGGGAUACAUUCCCAGUCCAAAUGACUCCAAUACUUUGCAUGAUCAUGCUGGUGCUUAAAUAGGAGGUAGAAAAUCUCAUCCUUCUAAAUGUGUGUUGUAUCUUGAAAGCUGGAUUGUUGCUUAAAAAUAAAGGAUAUAGA